AUGGACUUGCACCUGCUCAGAGCAGACUCUCCCAUGGCCGUCCGUCACAUCGACCUCUGCUACGAUCACACCGAUUCCGAGCGUUCGGCUUUGCGCCUGAUAUACACGUUAUGUCCAGACUGGGAACACGAUGAAGGCCCUGUUGAAUUGAUCCCCUUUACCGAAGGCAUCACAAACACUGUAUGUCAAGGCAAGCCUUUCGUGUCUACAAAUCCUCGAUCGCAACUGACACGACCCGCCGUAGNNCUCAUGAAAGCGAUUAAGAAACGACCAGGAUAUACACAACAAGACAUUGACUCGGAUGCCAUCCUCCUGAGGGCAUAUGGCAAGGGCACAGAUGUCCUGAUAGACCGCGAGAGUACGCCUUUCCCACCUUCCAACCUUGCGACGUCAAUUGACAAUGACACAGGAGAAACUCGAUCGCACUCUUUGCUCGCCGGCCGCGGACUAGCCCCUCCCCUAUUCGCACGCUUCGAGAAUGGCCUACUGUACAAAUACAUCGCAGGCGACGUAUGCAGCCCAGAAGACCUUCGAAAACUCGACGUCUACCGUGCAGUUGCGAGAAGACUCGGCCAAUGGCACAGUACACUACCAAUUGCUGCUAUCAGUUCACUCCAGACGCUGCAAGAGCAGAAUGACGUAGCAGAAGAUUCCCAAAUCCAAACUCACACGGAUAAGGCCGGCAACAAGAGGCCGAAACCCAGUCUAUGGACCGUCAUGCAAGAGUGGAUUAAUGCGCUACCAGUAGCCACACAGAAAGAGAAGGAACGAAGGGACAUGCUGCAACGGGAAUUGACACACCUCUCCAACGAACUGGGCCAGACACCUGGUUUGGACGGUUACGACUACAUUUUUGCUCAUUGCGAUCUUCUAUCAGGUAAUGUCAUUGUACAUCCUGGUCAAAGAGAAGGUGGGAAAGGUCUCACGGUGAGCUUCAUCGACUACGAAUAUGCAACCCCGGCACCCGCCGCCUUCGAUAUUGCCAACCACUUUGCUGAAUGGGGCGGUUUCGACUGCGAUUACACUGCUCUACCAACACGCAGCCAACGCGCUGACUUCAUCGCCCAAUAUCUCGCAUCAUACCGUAACUUCGCUCCUGUUUCGGAUCCGGAAACCAUUGAACGCGAACAGCAGCAGCUCAUCAGCCAAGUCGACACUUUCCGUGGCCUGCCAGGUUUCUACUGGGGCAUCUGGUCAUUGAUUCAAGCAGAAAUAUCACAAAUCGACUUUGAUUACGCUUCAUAUGCAGACAUUCGUCUGGGUGAGUACUGGGCUUGGAAAGCCGAGCAAGAUGGGUCCAGACAACGAGAAGGUCGCGAACCUACAUUGCGAGAGAAGCGAUGGGCCGAGGAGUAA